GAAAGGUUUGCCAGCAGGAGGUUGGGGUGGCUUCAGUGUGCACCAUCUACAGCAAAACCACCAAAUGCUGAUGUUUUUGCUGACUCAUAUUCGGGAAAACAUGAUGCGCAGACACAAUGCACUGUAACUCUUUUUCUUUCCCCCACUAACCUCGAAAGUUUCUGUAGCUCAUGCAAUAAAUGGCUGAGGAAACAUGUGCAGUAACAAGAGAUGAAGCGGAGACCCAGAAAAACUGCGAUGAAGACCCAUUUCACAAUGCUGAAACAGCAUUCCCUGAUUGCUAUGACAGCCUUAGUGAAGGCAACAGAGGCUCAGAGAUGCCAGAAAGACUGUCUGUCCUCUCUAGCAAGGCUGUGGCCCAAGCAAAAGCACUUGCUGGACCAUCAGUGGUCAUCAAUGGCAGCCAUUCACAGAGCAAGGCUUCUGCCUUGGCCAAGCACCACCUGAUGGCUGUCAGUGCAUCAGCAGGAGGCUCAUCCUGCUCUACAACAGUCUGUAAACCCGAGCCUGGGGGCCUUGCCUCACCAUGCUCUGAAAGCAUCUACUGUAGCUGUGACCAAGAUUCAGAAGCAUCGUGUGUCCCUGGGGUGCCUGAGGAGGCUGGUGAGCCCCCCAGGGCAGUCGUGGCCCUAUUGAUGAACAACCUCAGGUGCUGCCACGUGCCUGCUGAUAGCGUGUGGCCUGUGGAGAGCUGCAUUGAGGGCAGCCCUUGCGGUCUGAGCUCAGCCAUCUGGAUGAAGACCACAACAGUAAUGGAGACCCUAGAAAGCAAGAAAAAGGAGGAAAAGGAGAAGUACCGACUCCAGCUAGCAAUGUACCGAAGACUCGUGCUGUUGCGUUCGAUCAGGAGCUUGCACAAGCAGCUGGAGCAGCAGCAGGCCAGGUUACAGGAAUGCUAUGGCGUGGUCAUAAAUACCAAGAAAGAAGUGUUAAAACACAUUCGUUCAACCUUGCCCUCUCCUACUCCGUAAUCAUGUUGCUGCAUGCAGAAAUGAGCUUUGUAAUGCCACUGGAGCCGUCAGUAAGCUUGCAUGCCAUGAGAUGGUUUCUUCUGAGCCAAGAGAACGUGCCCACAUGUGCUGAGAGCUGAGAGGAAAUGGCAACAGCAGAGCAAGAAGAAAGGGAAAGGCAAAGCAUGGGCCCCUGAAUUUGUCUGCAGGGAGCUGGAAUAAGAUUAUAUCUGCAAUAAGGAAAUGCUUGAUGUGCACUCAAGGCUUCAAGCCCAUGUAUGACAUGAAAUAGAGGGGAAAAAAAAAGAAAGGAAAAAAACUGAGAACAUAGUCUGACAUGAUCAGUAAAGGUGAUUUGAUGCCAGAGUUGCUGCCUGCUAAGCGUGUGAUACAACACAUCUCCCUUGGACAUCUAGUACUAAUAAAAUGAGCAAAAUUAGGGUUCAGUUCUCUUCAGGAUAUUAGGAGCGCUUAAACUCAGGCUUGAUGAUGUCCACCGAGCUGCCCGCUUUUCAGAAAACUGCUAAAGCUGUUGCGUGUUUGUGAUCUCUACCCUCCCACCAAAAAGAAAAAAAAAAAAGUAUUCAUAUUGACCAGAAAUCUUUCAGGGAGGUAGAAGAGUCAAACGCAUGUACAGAGAAACUGCAAUUGCCUGAGCCUCAUUAGAAAGGCAAGCUAAAAACAAAGGCCUCAUAAUCUGGUAUUAUGUUGGAAGCCCAGACUGUCAGUGCCAGGGGAAUGUUUGAGGUCUGCACAAUUAUUAAUCUGCUGCUAACUCCCAGUGGCACUAGUGUCUGCAAAUCAAGCACAUUUUGUGCCUUACUGCUGUCAUUUAAUGGAAGUUGGUGACAAUUAGCACUUUUUAUCCAGGUGUAUUAGAUGCCUGGAAAACCCUAGAGCAGUUUCUUCAGUUGCUUAGGUAGGAUGCCUGCAGGAAAUUUGAUGUCAGUAAGUAACAAACAAACAUAGAGAAAAAUAAAGGAAAAAAGAUGCAACUUCUUUUCAUGCAUUAAAAAGCCAGUCUGGUCCCUAUUAUCGAACAGCAAAUUGAAUUGUUGAAUGUGCUGUCUUAGAGUCUGAAGCAAAAAUUAUGUAAGAAGAGCUUGAAAAGCUCCCCUUUCUGGGCCUUAGAGUAGCAUAGAAAAAUCUUUUUUUUCUUUUCUUUUUCUUCAGAUACCCAUUUCUGAUGAUACCAACUUUUCUUUUACCCUGUUGUUCUUUGUUACAAAUGUGCAAGUAGAUUAAGUAUAUGAGCAAUCAAACAAGUUUUUGGCAUGGAUUUGUUUUGUUUUGGUUUUGGUUUUUUUUUUUUUUGCAUGAAAAGGCAAGUCUGUUACUAGAAGUCCCAUCUUUCUCAGAAUGGUGUUCUAUAUAUGGGAUUUUUUUUUCUCUUGGCUUUUUUGUGUGCUCAAAGAGGGAAAGUGUCUGUGUUCGUGUGCACACACAUGCACCUACAUACAAAUGAUCCCCAACGGGUGGCACUUCUUUUUCUGUAGUAGAAAAAGGAAUAAUCUCUCAAAAUAAUCUUUGCUGUCUUAGAGGAGUUGCUUGAUUAGAUUCACUUGCGCACAUCUGUGAGCAAGGUAUUGAAGUAAUUUAACAAUUGAAGUGCAGCACAACAUUGUUAUUAUUCCAUCUUUGUAUUUCCUUGCACCCAAAAUAAUGGAAGCCCCCUGGGUAUGCACAACCUUAGAUAGGCUUAUUCAUCUCCUUGGGCCCUUGCACAGCCUCUUACACAGCACAAGCCUGUAAUUUUGUAUGCAGAAUUACCAUAGAAACAUUCUUGGCAUCAAGGAGAUAUUUGAAGGAGCAUCCUGUACUGUCUCAUUUGGGGGAUUUGGGUUGCCGGCGGCUGUCAGUGGGCUGCUGAAGAUAGAGCUGGGGAUCUAUGUGACUGGAGGACAUUACUCCUAAGCCCUGAUCCCACCCAGCUCUGUUCAGCCUUGGGAAAGCUGUUCUCAACCAGUAAUGCACAUUUACCAAAGAACACUAAACUCACCUCAAAGGUAAUCUGUUCUGUCUUAUUAUGCCUCCUAGGAAGGCAUGGCAUCAUUCGAUCAUGGCCAAGAGGACUAUGCAAAUAUUUGAUUUUUUGAAAAUUAUUAUUAUUAUUUUAACUUUUUUUUUUUUUUCAAUUCCUGACUCCCCCAAAAUACUUGUUUUGUUCCCCCACACCCCCCCCCCAUUAAUUAAAAGUGAAAAUAAGAGUUCUAUUAACACAGACACAGGCACACCAUUAUUAGGUUGUCUCUCGUUGGGAGGGAAAUAUUGGAAAAGGGGUGCAUCUCUCAAAAAUAAAUAAAUGCAAAAGUACUGAAUUCUGAAAUUAAACGUCAAACUGUUUCUGGUAGGAUGAAAAUUAAAAAAAAAAAAAAAGUUAAUUCUUCGUAGAUCAUUUUGGCCUAAUUUUAUUUUUUUGUCUUCUGAAUAAGAUUCAGCUUUGCUAACACUAUCAUGCUGAAUUUUCUGCUGACAUAAAAUACAUAUGCACAAAGGUAAAGUGAUAUAGAUAUUUUGCCUCAGUAGCUGCUGAAGUAAUGUCCUAUCCAUCACUAUAUAGAGCUAUCAAUUCCUUUUAAAGGUGACUAGAAGAUCACUGAAAAAUACUUCUUACACCAUACACAGUGGAAAUAGUUGAUUUGUCAAUCUGUUAACUGCAAAUACUUUGAGGCAGAACUGUGACUUCUUUUUUGGUAUGGCAUCUCUUGUAAUGUUUCUUGGUUCUUAUUGGAAUCAGUAGAUGAUUCUGCACUAUGAAUAUUAAAUGUCAAGAGGUCUGUGCUUGAGCAAUGCUGCCUGGCAAGAAAGCAAAGCCAAGACUUGUUCUGUGUAUACACAGUCUUUCCAUGUAGUGAUUUUAUGGAUACAUGCAAAAUAAAUGUUAACUGAAGAAAUAACAAGAACACUUGUCUUUGGAACUGUUUGCUGGUUACCUGGUGGUUCUAGUGUGGCUUCUAAUAAUUGCGUUUGGCCAAACUAAUUGAAAGCUACAGGAUUUUAAAAUAAACAUA